CUUACGUCUAUUUACUGCCCGACUGUGGCCUCAGAUGGUACUCCCAAGACUGGUCAACUUCGCACGCUUGGUAUGGCUCCUGCUCGUUGCAUGGUACGAGCUUGGGGUUUUCUACUCCCACGCGUCAAGUUGCCCAUGGCCAGAUGAAACCCUCCGAAUCUCGACUACGUCGAUCACUUCGCCUACCCAUGUACUCAUAGUGGCAGACCCACAGAUCCUCGACCGUCGUUCAUAUCCAGACCGCCCACCGUGGCUCGUGCGACUGAGCCAGCUUAUAGUAGAUCUGAACCUGCGCAAGAGUUGGCGUGGUGUCCUGCGGCAGAACCCACAUGCUGUAGUAUUCCUCGGCGACAUGAUGGACAACGGGCGGUUUGCCAUGUCGGACGACGAAUACGAAAAGUACUUCCGAAGAUUCAAGAGCAUAUUCGCCGCAGACGAGAAUCUCCCUGUCUACUACCUCCCAGGAAACCAUGAUAUCGGACUUGGUGCAUCAUCGCCGAGAUACCAAUUCUCCGACCAUGCUCUCGAGCGAUAUGUCACACAUUUCGGCGCACUCAACCAACGCAUCAUCCUCGCAAACCACACGGUUUACAUGAUAGACGCCCCCGGCCUAGUAGACGAGGAACUUGCGCGCGUAUCUGCCGGAAUGUCCUACUCUCAAUGGGCGGAGGCCAGGCCCGACCGCACAGUCGCAUACCUACAAUCUGCAGCUCAAAGCGUGAGCGCGGAUCCCGACCAACCGACUUUGCUCUUUACCCAUGUCCCGCUCUUCCGGCCCGAACACGCAGACUGUGGGCCUCUCCGCGAGCGCGGCACCAUCCGCCAAGGAAGGGGCCUCGGGUACCAGAAUCUGCUCACGGAGCAAGCGUCACGGCUCGCACUGCAAAGCCUCCGGCCCGCCAUCAUCUUCAGCGGGGAUGACCACGACUACUGCGAACAUGUACACACCGUCCCCGUAACCGACACGAAGCGUCCGUCGCCUCCCCUCUCCGUCCCAGAGAUCACCGUCAAGUCCUUCUCGAUGGCCAUGGGUGUCCGUCAUCCCGGCUAUCAGCUUCUCUCCCUCGUCCCUCCUUCUACAGUGGGAACCAGUCCAUCCUUCGCGCACCAGCCUUGCCUCCUCCCGGACCAGCUCGGCAUCUACCUCAACGCAUACCUCCCCCUUCUCUCGCUGACGCUGAUCGUCCUCUUCGCCGCAAACGUUCGCCGUGUGCUAUUACGCCACCGCUCGGGCCGGUCCGGCGAUUCCCUGUCGAUACCCCUCGCUUCCUCAACCGAAGAGGACGACGUGAACUACGACCUUCCUCCCCCAAGCGCCUGGCGCUCAAAAGACUUCCCGCGCGCCGCUUGGUCGCGAUCAUGCACGUUCGUCCUCGGGGGCCAAGUGCGCCGCGUCACCCUUUCUCUCCCAGGCCUAGUCAGGCUCGUGGUGAGGUUCCUGUGGAGCAGCGGUGGCGGGGGAAGAGACAGCGACAGCGCGCGGAGGAGGGACGGCAUUGUGAAGGGGUUCACGAGAGACUUCUUGGAAGCUGCAUGGGCGCCUGUUGCACUGUUCGUCGCGAUUGCGUGGUGGGUUUGGUGAGCGUAUAGAGUACGUGGCGACGUUUCGGAUGUCGGGGUUGCGUUUGGGGCGUGCUCUUCGUGUGUGCACUAGUAUUGUAGCCUUGUGUUGCAACGUAAUCUAUACUGCGUAUUCGGUCCUCUGGGUCUCUCUGUCUCGAUUGCGCUUGAGCGUAGAAGCAUUUUCCUGCGCCUGGAUGGCUCGAUUCCAGAGGUCUAGGUCAAGGUCCCGCGCCUCUUCCACGACGAUGGCGCGAAGGACCAGUCGCGGGUUCACAUCCACAGGAGGGGCAUGAACGUGCACUUCCGGUAUCGAAAGUGGUUUAUUGGUCAAUUCGAGGUAGCCCAACACCAUCACGGUGGAUCUGCCUUCGCGCAGCCAGAGAGAGGCCUUCGAUGUGCUCAGGCAGAGCGAAAUGUCCACGAAGAGCGCGUCCUCGCCGUCGUGUAUCAUAAUGAUCGAAGACGUGCUGUCGUCGUGCAAUAAGCGUCCUGCGACUCUCAGCUUCCUCGAGGCGAGGAGGGAAGAGAUGGUCGACAGUCGCGUUGGUGUGCCAUGUUCGAUUUGUUGAUUCGGCAUUGGUCAGACCCGUCCCGGGAAAAAACCUCCGAAUGAAAAAACCAGACCGGCUGAAGCAGAUAUCAAGCACUGGUGCCACAGAGUGUCAAGUGUCAGCCUGGGCUGUGGGCGG